UACAACAUAAAACGCCGCGUUAGUCUUUCAACACGUUCCUUCGCACACGCCUCCGCUCCCAAACCUCAAAACCCUCCCCAGGGUCUCUCUAUCGCCCUCUCUCUAAUGGAAGAUGACGACGAGUUCGGCGAUCUGUACACGGACGUGCUCCGACCUUUUGCUUCGACACCAACAGCUUCAUCCGCAGCUCAAGAUUCCCUCCUGGCAUCCCAUGCGCCGCCGUCUCUCAAUCGCCCGACCGGUAGUGACGACGAAGAGAUUGUCUAUGGAGCUCCUCGCCUGAAUUCCGCUGUGCCCAAUCUUCACUCUGACCUAAACCUAGCUCCCCGCGCCGUCGAGCCGACGCGCGACCUCACUCCCGUUGCCGUGGUCAAUUCCUCUCAGAAUUUGAUAGCUGGCGAUGUGAGAGAGGAGGAUUUAGCUGCUGAGUCUAGGGUUUUGGACAAAGGGGGUGUGGAAUUACCGAUAAGGAAUCCUCUUGAGGAUGUGAACUAUGGAGGGGACAGGACCGAGGAUCUGAUAGAACAGGACGUAAAAUUCGAUAUUGAGGAGGCUACUGCUGGAAUUUAUGAUGCGAGUUCCGAUCCGAUCAUUCCAGGACUCUCCGGCCCGACAGAGGCGAACCUAGAAGCUUCCAGAAGAGAAGAUGUGGGUGGCGAGAACGAUUGGGACAGUGAUAGCGAGGACGACUUGCAGAUAGUGUUGAAUGAUAACAACCAUGGGCACAUGGCAAUGGAAAGAGGCGGAAUUGGCGGGGAGGAUGACGAUGAUGAUGAUGAAGACGGGGACCCACUUGUUAUUGUGGCAGACGGGGAGCUGAAUCAGGAUGCGGAGGCACCGGAGUGGGGCGAUGAUGCAGCACAGGCCGCCGCUCAGGAUGGUGAGAGGAAGGAGACCGGCGAGGGGGGGAAGGUUAGCGGUGGCGUGGGUGCCACCAUGGCCCCCAAAAUUGGAUAUAGCAAUCAUGGGUACCAUCCAUUUCAUUCUCAGUUUAAGUAUGUUAGACCUGGUGCAGCGCCAAUGCUUGGAACAGCUACCUCUGCUCCUGGAGGAGUGCCGGGCCAAGUUCGCCCGCUUGUCAACAUGGGUCCUAUGCCUGGUCGCGGUAGAGGUGACUGGAGACCAACAGGAAUGAAAAAUGCGCUUCCAAUGCAAAAAGGUUUCCAUUCCGGUUUUGGAUUGCCUGCUUGGGGCAACAACAUGGCAGGGAGAGGUUUUGGGGGUGGAUUGGACUUCACACUUCCUUCUCACAAGACUAUAUUUGAUGUUGACAUUGAUAAUUUCGAGGAGAAACCAUGGAAAUAUCCUGGAGUUGAUACAUCAGAUUUCUUCAACUUCGGUUUGAAUGAGGAGAGCUGGAAAGAUUAUUGCAAGCAACUGGAACCAAUCCGCCUGGAGUCUACCAUGCAAAGCAAAAUUCGGGUUUAUGAAAGUGGGCGAACAGAGCAGGAUUAUGAUCCAGAUUUACCCCCGGAAUUAGCAGCUGCCACUGGUGUUCAUGAUGUUUCAGCUGAAAAUGCGAAUCUUGGAAAGCUGAACGUUACACAGAAUGAUUUAGCAAAGGGAUCUGCUCGUGUGCGCCCGCCUAUACCCACUGGGAGAGCAAUACAGGUGGAAGGUGGUUAUGGUGGGCGUCUCCCCUCCAUUGACACCCGACCUCCUCGCAUUCGCGAUUCAGAUGCAAUUAUUGAGAUUGUCUUGCAGGACUCUUUAGAUGAUGAUUCCUCCACAGGAAAUGGUGUCAUAGAACAACCAGUCAAUGAUCCAUCAAGAGAGGAUAGAGGAGGUGAUGUAGCUGAAGAACAUGGCGUGCAGGUGGAUAGUGAGGAUUAUGACGGUCUUCCACAGGUGUACAAUGGUAGAAAGAGAGAUCAGGUUGAUAGAAAAAAAAUUCCGCUCAUGAAUUCUGUUCGUGAUAACUUACCUAAGGGGGAACGGGUAUUAUCUUUCCUUCCAGAAGCUCCAGUCCAGCAUUCUGGUUCAAGGGGGCAGACUUCUGCCUAUCCUAGUGAGAAUCUUGGCACCCCUUAUGAUGAAAGGCCGACACAGGGAAGAGAACAUGAUCAAUCCCCUCACAUGACUCCCAGUCGAAGUACACGUGACGGGAAAUUUCAGGAUAAUAAGAAGGAAGAAUCGGUUGAUAGCAUGGAUGGUAAACACAGUUUGCAAUUAUCAUCUCCUGACACAGUUAGGGAUUCCAGGGAGUUAAGCAUUGAGCCUAAAGAUGUUGGGCAUGAUGAGCGUAUGCUUGCUGACGGGAGCCCUGAAAUGGAAAAGGAUGAAAUGACUAAUUCGAUAGGCACAGAUGACAGCCUUAAAGAUGGAGUGGUAAAGAAACUAAGUUCUCGAGUCGAACAGCCUCUGCUCCCAGAAUUUGAUGAGGGAGAUUACUCAAAGGCUGCAAGAAGUAGCGAAAACAGCAAAACAAGAUCAGGAAGCAGCAGGGACUAUCAGAAGUGGCGGGAUGGGGCUGAGGAGGAAGUCAUUCAAGGACGUUCAGCACGUGUGGGUACUGUGAAAAGGCACCCCGAUGAAAAUGAACCAGGACACCGAAGAAAGAAUCGUGAUGGAAGACAAGAGAUAGAAAGAAAUCCCAUGGCAGUAAAAGGAAUAGGAGAGUACUCCUAUAGGGACUGGGAUUCUAGCUCAGGUCAUCAAUUGCAUAUGAAAACUGAUGGCUUUAAUAGGCGAAAGGAGAAGGACAAUCUUGAUGGACCCUGGUCACGCAGAGAUGAUGAUCCUUAUAUCAGAAGGAUUAGAAAUGAAGACACAAGGAAGAGGGAGCGUGGUGAUGAAAUGGGAUCCAGACAACGGAGUAAGGUUCGAGAUGGUGAGAGGAGCGACAAAGAUGAAUAUCUACAUUCAAGAAAACAGUUAGAUAAUGGCAGCUAUAGGGUUCAGUAUGAUAAGGAUGCUGGUUCACGCCAUAGGGAAAGAGAUGAUGGUCUGAAGAGUAAGUAUGGAAAUGUAGAUGAUUACCAUAGCAAGAGAAGGAAAGAUGAGGAAUAUCUGAAGAGGGACCGUGGCAACAAAGAAGAAAUCUUGCAUGGCCACAGGGAAAGCACCCCCCGCCGAAAGCGAGAAAGGGAUGAUGUUUUGGACCCGCGAAAGAGAGAUGACCAACUAAGACUUAGAGAUAAUCUUGAUGAUCACCACUCUGUAAGGCACAAAGAUGAGAUCUGGUUGCAGAGAGAAAGGGGUGAAAGGCAGAGAGAGAGGGAUGAGUGGCAUAGGCUGAAACAGACUCAUGAAGAUUAUCUGCCCAAGCGGGAAAGAGAUGAAGGACGGGUUGCUGUAAGGGGCGGGCGUGGUCCAGAGGACAAAUCAUUAGUUAGUCAUGCUAGGGCAAAGGAGGAUUACAAAGGAUUUGAUAAAGAAUACCAAUUCAAAGACACAGCACGACACAGUGAACAGUCCAAGAGAAAGGAUAGAAUUGAGGAUGAAAGUUCACAUCAUAGGGGACGUGAUGAUGUUUAUCCUCGUGGGAAUCAAUUUAACAGUGAUGAAAGAAGAUCUAGGCUGGAUAGGUCAAGUUCUCGUAAUGAUCGUGCUGUUAAUGCUUCUGAUAACCAAAGACUACAUGACAAGAAACAUAAAGAGAAUACAAGAAAGUUGAAAGACUCUGACAGUCAAGAUCACAAUGCUGUAGGCUCUUCCAAGAGAAAUCAAGAAGACCAUAGUGGUCAAAUUAAUGAGGCGGGCUUAAAAGGCUCCAGUUAUCCAGGAAAUGGUCAGCAUGAGAUCCCAGCUAACCGUCGUGUGUCCAGAAAACAUAGGGAAGAUGCUUCAUCAGAAGAUGAACAACAUGAUUCAAAAAGAGGGCGCUCCAAGUUGGAACGUUGGACUAGCCACACGGAGAGGGAUUAUAGCAUCAACAGUAGGUCAUCAUCUUCCUUAAAAUUGAAGGAGAUUGACAGGAAAAACAAUGGUGCAUCUUUUGAAGCCAGCAAACCUCCAGAUGAAUCUGCUAAGAUGGUUGAGGCUGCUGAUAGUCAACAACCAUUGGCUGAAGAGAAAGAUGCUUCUGAUCUGGAAAGCAAAGAUGUUGACACAAAACCUUUGGAGGAUAGGCACCUGGAUACAGUGGAGAAGUUGAAAAAGCGAAGUGAGCGGUUCAAGCUUCCAAUGCCAAGUGAGAAAGAAGCCUUGACAAUUAAGAAGAUGGAGAGUGAAGCUUUGCCUUCUUCCAAGAGUGAGGCUCCUGCAGAUGCCGAGAUCAAACCAGAGCGACCACCUCGAAAAAGAAGAUGGAUAAGUAACUAAAUGUAAAAUCCAGAGACCUGCACUAUUUUUGCUGAAUUGCUUCUGCAGCAUUGAGGGAAGUCUUGGCCUUAUUCUUUUAAUAUUCUGGAACCCAGCUGAUCCAAUUAUACCAUAUUUUAUAAAUGGUUUCUGUAGGGUUUUGGAGAUAGCCAUGUACCACUGCAAUAGUUAUAUCAUCUUGUAACCAUGAUACCACCCUAUACUUCUAAUAUUAUGUGUAAAUACUGGUGAAUGUACCAUUAAACUGGUCACCAAUGGCGGCAAAGAAUUAUUUUUAGCAUUAA